UGCGCUGCUCCGCUUGAAGGCUGCGUGCCUAAUAAUGGCAGGUACAGGCACCUUACCUCACACGUCGAGCUCGCCAUUUGAAAUCAACGAAGGGCUUGCCUCUUUCCAAACGACUCCUGACUUGUUUUGCCGUUUUCUAAACUUAAAAAAUAACCCGCGCUCAGCAAAAGAAGCAAUAGCUAGACAGCAGCUUAGUUAAAUAAUGUCUGGUUGAACGUCGUUACCGUAGUAUUAUUUCUCGAUAAUACUCGAUAAUACGCAGGUAUACACACAUAUACGCAGGAUGCAUGAGAUCAUCACGCUCCAGCUCGGGCAGCCGAGCAACUACCUGGCCACGCAUUUCUGGAAUACCCAGGAAUCCUACUUCACGUAUGCUGAGGACCAGGAGUCGCACGUCGACCAUGACAUCCACUGGCGACCCGGUCUCAGCCCUGACGGCACCGAGACCUUCAUGCCCCGGACCGUCAUCUACGACCUGAAGGGCGGCUUUGGCUCCCUGCGCAAGAUCAACGCUCUGUACGAGCAAGAAAACGAGCCGUCGUCCUUGUCAUUGUGGAGCGGCCCUACCGUGGUCCACAGGCAGGAGCCCAUCGAGCAGGGCGCGUACCAGCAGAGCCUCGACGCGGGGCUGGCGCCGCCGGCGUUGACCACCAGCACGGUGCGCUACUGGUCCGACUUCAACCGCGUCUUCUUCCACCCGCGGUCCAUCGUGCAGCUCAACGAGUACGAGCUCAACUCGAGCCUGAUGCCGUUCGAGAACUGGGAGAGCGGCGAUGUUCUCUUCAGCUCGCUCGAUAAGGAGCACGACAUCAUCGACCGCGACCUGCGCCCCUUUGCCGAGGAGGCCGACCAGAUGCAGGCCAUCCAGAUCAUAGCCACCCUCGACGACGCCUGGGGCGGCUUCGCCUCGCGCUACAUGGAGCGCCUGCGCGACGAGUACGGCAAGACGGCCCUUUGGACCUGGGGCCUCCAGGACUCGCUUCAGGGCGUGCCGAGGAACAAACGACUUCUGCGGCUAGCAAACAAGGCCAAGUCCCUCACCGAAAUGUACAAGCAGGCCACCAUGAUCGUCCCGCUGGCUCUGCCGCAGCGCCUGCCGCGGUCCGUCGUCCUGGACCCGUCCUCACAGUGGCACACAUCUGCGCUCCUGGCCUCGGCCGUCGAGAGCAUCAUGCUGCCGUCGCGGCUCAAGGACAGCGCCCAGAGGAUCACCCUGGGCGGCCUCGCAGAACUGCUGAACCCUAUGGGCAAGCAGACCGUGGCCGGCUUGCAGAUGAGCUUCGCCCCGCCACCGCCGUCGCCCGAAGAAGACAGCCCUCAACAACAACAACAACAACACCACUCGGGGCCCGGGAGACCCGCCACGGGUCUCCCCGACGACAUCUCGGAAGGCGCCCAUCUCGACAUCCACUUCACGCCCUCGGACCAGCUAGACCCCUAUGCCGACCGGUGGCAGCAACAACAGAACGGACACGCUAGCGGCGCCCAGCCUCGCGUGUUCAGCCAGGUGGUAGCGCUGCGCGGCUACGGGGACGGGUCGGACGCUGACGGGGACGCCGACAUGCUGGAUUUUGACGAGCGGGACCACCGGCGCCGGCGGCAGCAGAGCGCCUACGAGACUGCCACACAGCUCUAUCACUCGCCCCUCAGCUUCCCGCUCCUCGACAGCUUCCCGCGCAUCUUCCGCGACGCCGCCGCCGGCAGCACGGGCAGCGACGAUGACGACGCGCUGCUGCCGUCGGGCACGCACAUCAACGUGACUUCGAGCCUGAGCACGGACGCGUCCGUGUCGGCACGGCUGAAGCUGCUGCGCGCGACGGUGGUGCGGUCGAUCGGCGUCGAGGACCGCGAGGCCCUGGGCAACGACCUUGCCGAGAUGGCCGACGAGUACCACGAGGGCUGGUCGAGCGGGAGCGACGAGGGCGAGGACGACUGAAGAAGGGGAAAGGAAAACAAAAAAUAUAUUCGUCUAUUUCUGUGUAUAAUACAAGCAAUACAACACAAUAAGCGCAAUGUAGUACCACUCGCGGAAGGAUUGAAUAAUGCGAUGCUUAGGUGGAUAUCCCUAGACUUGCCACCGUCUUACCGACCUGGGCCUCCAGCAUCUACAAAUAAACACCCUUCGCCACCAUUUUCCCAUGCACAUACAUCAC